AUGUCGACCGAAUACAACUAUGACGAACAGGGCCAGUUCUUCCCCUUCUUCUUCGUCACAGUAGCUGGACUAGUCACACUACCAGUGACAUACUCUCUCCUCAAGCCCAGCAAAGGUAACCCUCAAUCCGACCUCCCAAAUCUAGCUUCGUACUUAUUCAGUGUCCAGNACCUUGAAAACACAGCGACGCGAAUCGAGUCGUCCUACACGCCCGAACAUGCAGAUCUCAUCGAUGGACACAGGAGACGGCAAAAGAGGAGGGAGCGCAAGAUCAAGCGCAUGAUUGUGGCUGGUGUCGGAUGGACCACAAUCGUCCUGAUGGUCUACCUCAUGGCUGUAACACAGCGCAGCACACCCAAGAUCUGGGACCCUUAUGAGAUUUUGGGUGUCCCCAUGUCGUCAACCGAGAAGCAAAUCCAGAGCCGCUACCGCAGACUGUCAGUCACUAUGCACCCGGACAAGGCCGUGCCCGACCCGGCAAAGAACGAGACUCUCGAAACCGUCAAUGAGCGCUGGGUUGAGGUCAUCAAGGCCUACAAGGCUCUCACCGACGAGGAUGUGCGCAGAAACUUUAUCGAAUACGGAAACCCAGACGGCAAGCAGAGCACUAGCUUCGGUAUUGCUCUUCCUCAGUUCCUGAUCACCGAGGGCAAUGGAAAGUACAUCCUGCUCGUCUACGGCGCCUUGUUANGAAUUCUGCUGCCAUACUUUGUGGGCAGCUGGUGGUACGGAUCGCAAAAGGUGACGCGCGAGAAGAUCUUGGUCAACAGCGCUGGCAACAUGUUCAAGGAGUUCUCUGAGCGCGUCGACGAUCACGGUGUUGUCAACUUGCUCAGCUCGGGUGCCGAGUUCGAGGCACUUCUCCACGGCCACAAAGCUGACGCUGGAACUGGACAGCUUGAGAAGCGUCUGCUUCAAGAAGCUCGUGUUCUGACCGAGAAGGACCGUCGCUUCUUGCAGGACAUGGACGACACUGUGCGUCGUAAGACUCUUGCGCUGCUCUGGGCCUACCUGGCUCGUGUUGAGCUCGACGACCAGACCCUGAACGACGAAAAGUACCAGCUUGCCCCCACCGCUCUCACCCUGAACGAGGCCUUUGUCUCUGUCUGUCUGGCCUAUGGCUUCACCAAUCCCGUCCUCGCAUCCUACCGCACCUCGCAAAACUUGAUUCAAGCUGUUGCUCCCGAAUCACCUCCUCUUCUGCAACUGCCCCACUUCAACGAGCACGCUGUCAAGGCUAUCGAGGACCAACUUGACCAGCGCAGCCAUCUGAACAUCCAGACCUUCAUGAACUUCCCUGACGCCCGUCGCCGUGAACUUGCAUCCUCUGCCGGUCUCUCGACGUCUCAGCUAGACACUGCUAUCGGCGUCGCCUCUCAACUUCCCCGUCUGGUCAUCGAGCGUACGUUCUUCAAGGUCACUGGCGAGAAGCACAUUAUCCCCAACUCCCUCGUCCAAUUCGUUGUCAAGGCCCGUUUCAUCCCUCCUGGUACCCGCAACAUCCCUGAUGUUCACCCCUCGGACCUCGAAGAUGUUGACCCCGACGAGACCGACACCAAAGCCAACGCCCGCCCCGACCCUGCCGAGCAGAAGCAAUACCAACCCCCUCUCGCCCACGCCNCCCACUUCUCUCGCGAUCACUCUCCCCGCUGGCACCUCUUCCUCGCCGACGCCCGUCAGGGCAAGGUCGCCGUGCCGCCAUUCACCUUUACCACCUUUGACAAGCCCAUCCUCGAUGAGUCUGGCAAGCCCACUUUUGCUGUCCAAACACUCAAGAUGCAGUUCCAAGCUCCUCCCCAACCCGCCCACUACAAGUUCCAAAUGCACCUUGCAUGUGACAGUUACAUUGGCUUUGACGACAAGAGAGAUGUUAUCCUUUCUGUCGAGGACCCGAGUUCGAUUGAAGAGGCCGAGUGGGAGGACGAGGAUAUUUCCGAGCCCGAGGAGGGUGAGUUGUUUCCAAUUCCCAGCAUAAAAGGCACCAGAACUAACACAAUGGCAACAGACUCAAUUGCAGGACAAAUGGCCACUCUACGUGGUAGUGCUACAAAGAAGCCUACAAGCCCCAAGAUCAAGCAAGCCAAUGACGAUAGCGAUGAAGAGAGCGGCACAGAUGAAGAGGAAGAGACGGAAAGUGAGACGGACACGGACACUGAUACCGAUGAAGAGUAG